UCACGCCCUCUGUUGCGCUAUCUGUCAUGGCUGCACACGGUGUGAUGGAAACUACCGAUGUGGUUAAGUAACGUUUAUCUGUUUCUUCAGCAAUACAGAUGUGGGCGAGAGUACUUCUGCGCCCCACGCUGAUCAGACAGAUUAAUCUCACGUGGAGUCACAGAUCGCUUUUCACAAUGCAGCUGAAAACAAAAGAGUUCAAGUCUUUAUUUACUGACGGGUUGGUUGGUUUAGCAGAAAUAUUCGAAAAGAACCAGUUUGAGCUAAGGAUUGCCGGAGGUGCAGUACGGGAUCUUCUGUCAGGAAAACGGCCUGAAGAUGUGGAUUUUGCCACCACAGCCACACCAGAGGAAAUGAAGAACAUGUUCCAGGCAGCGGGAGUCAGGAUGAUAAACAACAAAGGGGAGAAACAUGGGACCAUCACCACCAGGCUUCAUAAUGAGAACUUUGAGGUGACCACUUUGCGAGUGGAUGUACAGACCGAUGGGCGGCAUGCAGAGGUAGAAUUUACCACUGACUGGCAGAAAGAUGCAGAACGUAGAGACCUCACCAUCAAUUCCAUGUUCCUAGGGCUGGAUGGGACUUUGUAUGAUUAUUUCCAAGGAUAUGAGGAUCUUAAGAGCAGGAAAGUAAGGUUUGUUGGCAGUGCCUCACUACGGAUCCAGGAGGACUUUCUUCGAAUUUUGAGAUAUUUCAGAUUCUAUGGGCGAGUGGCAACUGAGCCCGAACAACAUGAACCUGAGACUCUGGAUGCAAUCCGAGAAAAUGCCAAUGGAUUGGCAGGUAUCUCAGGAGAGAGGAUUUGGGUGGAACUGAAGAAGAUGCUUGUCGGAAACCAUGCUGGUCACCUUCUUGAGCUCAUCUAUAAGCUGGGUCUGGCCCAGUACAUAGGUCUUCCAGCUGAUGGCAAUGUUGGAGAGAUGAAGCAGAUCUGGCAGAGGGCUCACGAUAGCUCUCCUAAACCCAUGACUAUCCUGGCUGCUCUGUUCCGAAGCCAGGAUGAGGUAGAGAGACUGGAUCUGCGACUGAAGCUUUCCAGAGAAGAGAAAAACCUGGGCCUCUUCCUGGUCAAGUACAGACGAGACCUUGUUAAGGGGCAAGACGAACAUGACAGCAUUAAACUGUACACAGAUUUCAUCAUUGAUUCUCGAGAGCCGGACACCCAGAGUAAAGUACUGGAGCUGCUGAAGUACCAGGGAGAAAAGGAGCUCUUGGAUGAGCUACGCAAAUGGUCCAUCCCUCGCUUCCCAGUCAGUGGGCAUGACCUGCGCAAGCUGGGUAUUACCUCGGGUAAGGAGAUUGGCGCUAUCCUGCAAGAGCUUAGGGACAUGUGGAAGAAGAGCCGCUAUCAGAUGAGCAAAGAGGAACUCCUGUCAACUCUGAGCAGAUCCUGAUAUGAGACAAAAGAACACAAUAGUAUCAGAACUGUGUCUCAGCAUGUACAUGCUAUAAUGCAUCAUGAGUCAGUCUUUUGUGCUGAAGAAGCUCUUGCCUCCCACCUCAAAUAAGUCUAAUGUGGAGAGGAAUAAACCAUCAAGGCUGUUCUGUUGCUCACAAAAACAAAGUUGCCUAAGGUUUACAUUUGUCAUAAGUUACUAUGAUUGUUAUCUUGGGCAUCUGUGGUUGCUCUGUGUGUUGAAUGGUUUUCGGAUUGCAGAAAAUGGCUUGGAGCAUCUGAGGGCACCAUGAAAGUUGCAAGAUAGAACAUGGUAACAAAUGAAGCUUUUACCCAGUCCUUGAGCCACAGGCAUUGUAAACACUCUGAAAAAUGUUCUGUCUUUUGUUUGAACUAUUCAUGGAGUUUGCCAUACCUUUCCUGUUGUAAAUGGUGAUUUAGUUUGUCAUAUCAUUAUCAAAUAUCACUCAAUAGUACGAUCGGAUGGAAACAAAAACUCUGAAUUUAUUUAAAUCGCAUGAAGAAAGAAUGCAAAGUUGUGUUCUUUGAGAGUAGUGAAGUGGUGUCCUGUAAUUAUUACAGGAAAGGACUUAAUUCAGCUUUCUCUCAAAGAUGAGUUUUUUUUUUUUUUUUUUUUUUUUGCGCAAGAAGCUGCAGUCAUGGUUUCAUUAUGAGGAAAAAUUAUGCUCCUUUUGUCAACAAUUCACAGUUGUUGAAAGGUUAUAUAACCAACACUCCAGGUGCUUACUUUGAAAUAAAAUAACACAUCGCUUCUUACAGUUUUGCUGUGUCUUGUUUUAAGAUCUGUACAUGGCCAGAUUUUACUUAUGAUUAUAAUACUGGUGAAUUUAAAAGUUUUGAAACACUUGACUGAAAUGUUUCUCAUGAUCUUAAAAAUCUUUUGAUCUAAAGGCGAAUGCUUAAAUGUUUGAAAUUAGUUUUGUAGACAAAAAUAUAAUUGUGCCACCAUAUCAAUUUAUUUCAUUAUAAAACUAAAAUGUAAUUAAAAAUAAAAAAACAUGUUUUUGAAAUUGAUGACUUGGACCAAAUAAUAAAGAAAAGCAGCCAGUAAGUGCCCAACAUAGAUGGGAACUCCUUCAAUACUGUUUAAAAAGCAUCGCAGGGUGAUAUCUCAAGAAGUUGGUUGAGAAAAUGUCAAGAGUACAUGUCUGCAAAUUCUAGGCAAAGGGUGACUACUUAGAAGAUGCUAAAAUAUAACACAGUUUUGAUUUAUUUUGGAUUUUGUUUAGUCACAACAUAAUUCCCAUAGUUCCAUUUAUGUUAUUCCAUAGUUUUAAUGACUUUAAUAUUAUUCUAAAAUGUGAAGAAAAAAAAUUAUAAAGAAUAAGUGUUUCAAAACUUUUGUCCAGUAGUGUAUAUUUGUGUAAAUAUAAUUUAUUUAAUUUAAUACUUUUCUUGACAAAUAAGGCUGAUAUUUGAUAUUGUAAAUAUCAAACAAAAUCAAUGGAGAUAAUGGGAUUUUUUUAUUUUUUUUUAAAUCUAGUUUAAGACACGUGCCACAUUCUUAGAAAUGUAAUCUUUGUAUUCUCUUUCUUUUCGUGUGUGUGUGUGUGUGUGUGUGUGUGUGUGUGUGUGUUUU